AGUGACACUUGUGACGCAAACACAGCGACAAAAGAAAAUAAACAAAUAAAUUGAUUUAACCGUGUCAAAUUAAUAAAACCCACUUAAUAGCGACUCAGCAUCAACGGUCACAAGUUUGCGUCGCGCAGAGUGCUUACGUCGCGAUAUUCGAGAUCAUGGAAAUGUCUAGUUAGCGUGAAAUAAAUCCAGAGAAGAUGAUUGACAGAUAAUUAUAAGGUACAAGUGAACAUGUCUGGACACGCAGUGGUUGUGUGGGAGUAUGAAAUCCGGACGGGGUACUGGAAGCCUUACAGUCCUGCGGUGAGCCAGCACCUGGAAAGGGCUAAUGCCAAACAAUUAACUCGAGUGAUCCUUUCGGAUGCUGAUCCUUCUCUGCAGAAUUACUAUGUAAAUUUGAGAACCCUCACGCAGGAAUUAGAAGAUUCUGAUAUAAUUGUUCCCGUAAGAAGAAAAUGUUACCCACCAUCCUCGCCUGCUGGUAAAGGUGCAAAAUGGGAGUGCGCGGGGUCAGAGCACGGCCAAGACUGGCAUCCAUUCGACAUGGAUAUACAAUGCUUGAUAGAAGAAGCGUGGGCGAGGGGAGAUCAGAUGUUGGACAUGAGCAAGACACAUUUGGGUUUUCCGUAUUUGAUAAAUUUUAGUAAUUUGACUCAGAGGUGGUUGACAAAUGGAUACGUAAGAAGUGUUAGACGGAUAAAACAGGCCCCCUAUCCGUUGGUGAAGGUCCGGCUUGAAGAAUUAGCUCCGGUAACAGGGCGAAGGGGAUCGGACAUAAGGAAAUCUUGCCGCAACGCAAACGCCCCGCAGCAGCCCCAACAAACGAAAGUCAUUGGUAGUAGCGCAGCAUUAAACCAAACCGAUAGCAAUAAGAAAAGUAGCAAUAAGAAGAAAACUAAUAACAAAGCGAAAAACGGGAAUGAAACUACUCCGGCAAAUCUGGCACGGCAGAUCUUGAAUAAUCUGAAUAUAUUCAGUCACAAGUCUACUUCGAAUAACGUACCGUCUCAAACGAGCGAGAACAAGACUUUAUUGGACGCCGACAGUAGCAGCACGAAGUCGGGCCGUAGACCGAGUCUCGAUACCGUUUCCACGUACCUCAGCCAAGAGAGCAGAGAGAGCCAGGCCACCACUUCCACGGCCGAUCUCAUCAACUGCAGCGGGAGCGAUGAUGGCGUAGUAGAAGACCUGCCCUCUAUAAUCGGAUUGGACCCGGCCAGCGCUUCGAUCUCUCGAUUCGUCCGUAUCUCGAAACCAAGCGAAUGGGCCCCCAGGCAGCCUUGUCCGGUAUGUCGCCAGCCCCUGAAACCCUCCAUCGUCGUCAUAGCCCUGCCGUGCAAUCACGUGCUGCACUUGGACUGUCUCAAUUAUGCCCUGACGGAGCUGCAGGAGAGCAGCCUGCAUUUACAUAUUCAGUGUGCUGUGUGCGGCUGUAUUUACGGAGAGAAGCAUGGGAAUCAACCGCCGGGCAGUAUGGAAUGGGGGAUCAUCGACAAGAGUCUGCCGGGGCAUCAGAAUUGCAGGACAAUUCAGAUCGUUUAUAAUAUCCACUCUGGUAUUCAAGGCCCAGAACACCCCAAUCCCGGCAGGGAAUUCUACGCCGUGGGCUUUCCCCGGAUAGCCUACCUGCCGGACAGCCCAAAAGGCCGAAAGAUCUUGCGCCUGCUUGGCGUAGCCUGGCAGCGUAAGUUAAUAUUCACGGUGAGUAGGUCCCACACGACGGGCUGCGAAGACGUGGUGUCCUGGAAUAUACCUCACAAGACCGAGGUCGGGCCCAGCAAUAACGGACACAGUUAUCCAGAUUCCGGGUAUCUGAACAGAGUUUUAAGGGAACUGGAGGCAUUGGGGGUCGUCGAAGAGCAGCCUGCGAAUCCAAGAUAAGAAUUAGUGCAAUUUUUAAUAUUACAUAGGUUUGAUAUUGUGUAGAAGGGGGGCGAUGCAAAUCUUGUGGAAAUUUUUGGGGCUGGUAAAAGCAAUUUUUAGGUUGAGCGAGGACAGUUUUUGGGGCAAGUUGGGAUGUUUAUUAAAAGAUUAAUGAAGAGUAUAUGUACAAAGUAAGGAAGUGUGUAUAAUGAGUAAGAAAUAGGGUUUAAUGUUGUCUUUCCAUUUUAUAAUGACGUAAGUGAUAUAAAUAAUAUAUUUUGUGCCAAAUACUAUUAAAAAGACAAAGGCAGGUGGGAAAAAGUUUUUUUUUAAAUAAGAUUAUACUAAAGAAAAGUAUUUUGGUCUAAUACAGGGGUUGUUUUUUAUACUUGGUUUUCGAAAUAUUCUCCAUGACAUUCAAUACAUUUUUGCAUAUGUUUGAACCAAUUUUCGAAGCCCUUUUCCCAUUCCGAUUGAGGAGCUCCAAAACAUGCAUUUUGAAUGCAUCAACCGCUUGUUCAGGCGUUGAUAAACGUUGAUCUCGCAACUUAUUUUUGAUGUGUGGAAUAAAAAAAAAGUCAUUGGAUGCCAAAUCAGGGUUGCAUGGUGGAUGACUCUUCAAUUUGAUGCUUUCAGUUCUCAAAAAGUCUCUUGUUUGAGCCGAUGUGUGAGUGCUCGGUUCCAUUUAUUUCUCCAAAGACUUCUGGCAAACAAAUAGUUGUGUACCACUCAGAAUUGUUUGUCAGAUGUACUAACAGUUUCGUAAACCACCGAUAUACAGGGUGUCCCGAAAUUAAUGCAACAAAAUUUGGUCAUAGAUUCUUAAGACAAAUUUAGAGGACCCGUAUUUUUCCUUUUUGCCAAGUGUCCCCCUUUUUUGGAGUUACAGCCUCCUGAAAUCCGCCCCUAAGAAUAAUAUUUUUUUUAUAUCAGAACCCUGUUGUUUCGGAGUUACA